AUGCUUACUUUAGAGCCAAACGCAUUACUGUUUCUUGUCUCCAAAGAUUCCACAUCAAACCUUGAAGUACAAUUGAAGAAGAAGCACAUAACGCUACCUUUCAACUAUAAAUAGGAUAUCCAAAUCUUGUCUUUCCCUUGAUAUAUAGCAUUCAAGAUGAAGUUGCCAGAUCAGGUUGCUGCUUUCUUCCUCUUCCUAGUCUGGCAUUUUAUGCUAUCUGCAGGCAACGCAGCUGCACAUCAGGUUACAUUUUAUGUGCACAACAAAUGCUCCUUUCCCAUAUGGCCUGCAACAGCAUCAAAUUCUGGUUUCCCAAUAAUAGCUGAUGGCGGAUUUUACCUUCCCUCAGGCCAGACACAGCGGAUUUAUGCCCCACUGACAUGGAGUGGCCGGAUUUGGGCAAGAACAGGUUGCAAAUUCAAUACCAAUUGGACUCCUGCUUGUGAAACAGGUGACUGUGAUGGACGACUAGCCUGCAAUGGACUUAUAGGCACUCCCCCAGCCACACUUGUGGAAAUCUCACUUCAAGAUCAAGGCAAGCCAGAUUAUUAUGAUGUAAGCUUGGUUGAUGGGUACAAUAUCCCUGUUACUGUCACAACAAGGCAAAAAUCGCCAAAAUGUACAGUUGGAGGGUGCUUGAAAAAUGUGAACAGCAUGUGCCCGCAAGAGCUCAAAGUCUUGAACAAAAAUGGAGAAGUGGUGGCGUGCAAAAGUGCUUGCUUGGCUUUUGAUAUUGACAAAUUUUGUUGCCGAAAUGAGUAUGGAAGCCCACAAAAGUGCAAGCCCAACGUCUACUCAAAGAUAUUUAAAGAUGCAUGUCCUUCUUACUAUAGUUAUGCAUUUGACGCACCCCCACCGUUGGUAAACUGCGCCUCCACAGAGUAUGUGAUAACCUUUUGUCCAGCGUGGGGUGAUGAUCACACUUCCAUCUGAAGUAAUUGCUUGUUAUGCAUGUCUUUAUUAAAUAAUAAUACUCUAGAUUGGUGAUGUGUA